AUGAGGUUCAUCCAGCUGUGGUCUGCAGCAGGGCUCGCAGCCUAUGCGCAGGCUUGGGGGCCUGAUAUCAGCACCGCUUACACGACUGUGGUGACCACAGCAUACGAGACGUAUUGUCCAUCGCCCACUACCUUUGUCCACCAUAAUGUGACUUACACGGCGACCACGGCAACGACACUUACUAUCACGAACUGUCCUUGCACCAUCACCACCAGACAACCCCCGCCAUACACCACGACCAAGACGAUUUACCCGCCGCCCGUCAACACCACCUCGUGCCCACCAGAGAUCACCAGCACCACGAUCAAGACGAUCAAGACCACCAAGCACACCCCGCCUCCUAAGCCAACCUACCACAACACCACCGUGAUCGAGCACACCCCCAAACCUCCCAAGCCUACGGAGCACCCAUCGCACUCGGAGGAGACGCCCAAACCGCCUAAACCUACCGAGCACCACCACCACCCCAACAGCACCUCGACCGUCGUUGUCGUGAUCACGCUGUCCGCCGAGACCAUCAUUGCCAGCAUCACCCCCGUCACUCCCACCACUCCCGUCACCAACCUCCCCACUAACACGCCCGUCGGACCGGCGACCACCAGGCCCGUCACGGUUCCCGCGAACGCGGCUGGGAUGGUCGAGGCCGGUGCCGGCGCGGCUUUGGUUGCUGUCCUAUUCACCCUGCUGAUUUGA